AAUAAAGAAAACAAACCAGAAGAAAAGCAAAACGAAGAAAAGCAAAGAAUAGCGAGAGCCAUAGGCAGCCGCUAUCUGAAAGUCGAUGCAAUAGCAACUGCUUCCCCGACGACGAUGAUAGAAACCGACCUUCACGAUUUGUCUGACGAUGCCGAUUAUGCAGCCUCACAGCAGCAAGGUUCCGUAAGCAUGAUGCGGACCGAUAGCGGUCGAGGAAGCUCAUCGAGCGAACCUGAAGAAACGGAAGUUGUUUAUUCUAAAGAAAAUGUGACAAUUCAUCCUACGCAGUUCGCAUCUGAAAGGAUUAGUGGAAGAUUGAGGUUGAUCAAGCAAGGAUCGUGUCUGUUCAUUACAUGGAUUCCUUACAAAGGACAAAACUCAAAUGCAAAAUUAUCGGAGAGAGGUAGUUGGCUUUGGAAUUGUAAUCGAAAUCGAAAUUUUGUAUUACUGAUUGUGUACUUCUUAAUUGUAGAUAAGAAUCUUUACACCAUCAGAGCAGUACCGUUCACUGAAGUCAGGUCUAUCCGUCGCCAUACUCCAGCAUUUGGCUGGCAGUACAUUAUUGUGGUAUUGUCGUCAGGACUUGCGUUUCCACCUCUUUAUUUUUACAAUGGAGGAGUUCGGGAGUUUCUUGCUACUGUAAAGCAACAUGUUUUUCUUGUGAGGUCUGAAGAAGAUUCAAAUACGUUCCUUGUGAAUGAUUUUCAGGAUCCUCUUCAGAGAACUUUGUCUUCUUUGGAGCUGCCAAGGACUGGUCCGAUAGCCAGUGGACCAGUUUCAUCCAUUUCACUUGAUGAGUCUCCAUCAAGUGCAGACAAGAGGGCUGGUGAAGAUUUUUAUGAUGAAGGAUCCCGAAUUUCACGGUACAGUGGUAAGCAAAGACCAAAGUUUCAUGAUCCAGCACGUGACCUCCCAAUACAAAUUCUGGAAAAAUUUUCUCUUGUCACCAAAUUUGCACGAGAAACAACUUCACAACUAUUUCGUGAAAAUCAUAACAAUGGAUUUAGUGCUCCAGAGAUGAGAAUCCAAGAUCAAUCUUCUGUUGAUUCCCCUCAGAGACCAUCCAAUGGUUUAGAAAAAGUUCCUAAUGUCAGUCCUGUUGUUGAAGAUCCUAUUCAGUUUGAUAAAAUGACCCUGGUGUGGGGAAAGCCUCGACAACCUCCUCUUGGAUCUGAAGAGUGGGCCACUUUCUUGGAUGCUGAGGGACGAGUUCUGGAUUCAAAAUCCUUGAGAAAGAGAAUCUUUUAUGGGGGUGUAGAGCAUAAUCUACGUAAAGAGGUAUGGGCUUUCUUGUUGGGAUACCACGCUUAUGAUUCCACGUAUGCUGAGAGGGAAUAUCUUCAAUCCAUGAAAAGAUCCGAGUAUUUGACAAUAAAGAACCAGUGGCAGAGUAUUUCCCCGGAGCAGGCAAAAAGAUUUACAAAAUUUAAAGAGAGGAAAGGCCUUAUUGAAAAAGAUGUGGUGAGGACAGACCGAUCACUUUCUUUCUUUGAUGGGGAUGAAAACCCUAAUGUGAAGCUUCUUCACGAUAUUUUAUUGACCUACUCAUUUUAUAAUUUCGAUCUUGGAUACUGUCAGGGUAUGAGUGAUUUUCUUUCACCAAUAUUGUUCGUUCUGGGUGAUGAGUCGGAGUCAUUUUGGUGUUUUGUUGCUCUAAUGGAACGCCUUGGACCAAAUUUUAAUCGUGAUCAGACUGGCAUGCAUUGUCAACUUUUUGCAAUUUCCAAGCUGGUAGAGUUGUUAGAUACCCCAUUGCAUAACUACUUCAGCCAGCAUGAUUGCUUGAAUUAUUUCUUUUGCUUCCGCUGGGUUCUCAUACAGUUCAAAAGAGAAUUUGAAUACGAAAAGGUCAUGCAUCUAUGGGAGGUAUUGUGGACUCAUUAUCUGUCUGAGCACCUGCAUCUGUACAUAUGUGUUGCAAUCUUGAAGCGCUACCGUAACAAGAUAAUGGGGGAGCAAAUGGACUUCGACACACUCUUGAAGUUUAUCAAUGAAUUGAGUGGUCACAUUGACCUUGAUGCCGCCAUCAGGGAUGCAGAGGCUUUAUGUGUAUGUGCUGGAGAGAAUGGUGCUGCUAACAUCCCUCCUGGAACCCCUCCCUCAUUGCCUCUUGAUGAUGGUUCAUAUUACAUUCAACAAGAUGAAGUCCUGUAGAGAUAUUCAUUCCGUUCCUUGUUGCUUAACAAGCCCUGGUAGUCCAAUAUAUUGGAAAACAGAGAAUUGCAUAUCUGUUAAAUAGCUUAAUUUUGUAGGAAAGUGUGGAUUUUAAAAUUUACGGUGGUAUUAAUCUAUCAUAUUAUAUAAAUGUUCCAUGAUAUCUGAUGGGCAGGCUUUCAUAUUA